GAAAAAGCUCCUCAAGAAGAGAAGUCAAGAACACAGUGACAAGGCAUCCGUCCAGGGUUAAACACACAAUGGAUUUCUACCAGCCAUACAGACACAACCAAAUGGAUCAUAACGCCGAGAGUCGAGAUUCCAAGUUGGGGAAAGGGCUUCAGAACAUCGACGACCGUGUUGAUAGCGGUGUGGAUUCGCUUAGAGAGGAUGUAGCUGCUGAACUGGAGCGAGUGCGUUUGGAUUGCGUACCAGCUCCCCGGAUACCCGAAAACUGCUGUGAACCAUGGAGGAAAGAACUGACCGAGGACGGAGACACCCUCCUGCAUCUGGCAAUCAUUCACGAAGCCAAAGAUCAUGCCAUGAAAAUGAUUGACCUGUCAGUCAACCACUCAUUCCUCAACACACAGAACUAUCAAAGACAGACUCCCCUGCACUUGGCAGUAAUCACAGAGCAGCCGGCAGUGUUAGCCCAAUUGAUGAGCGCUGGCUGUGACCCCCAGCUGGUGGACAACAGCGGGAACACGGCCCUGCACAUAGCCUGCAAGAAGGGCUCUGUCACCUGCUUCAGCGUGCUCACCCAGGCCUGCUCCAGCUCUCAGCUCACCGCAAUGCUCACCACGCUCAACUACAGCGGUCAAAACUGUUUACACCUGGUUUCCAUUCAUGGGUACCUUGCGCUGGUUGAGAGACUGGUUGAGCUGGGAGCUGAUAUCAAUGCACAGGAGCAGUGCAAUGGCCGGUCUCCCCUUCACCUGGCAGUAGACCUCCAGAACCAGGACCUGGUGCACCUUCUGAUCAGCAGAGGGGCCGAUGUCAACAGCCUGACGUACGGAGGCCACACGCCGUACCACCUGACCUACGGUCGCCCCAACACCGCCAUCCAGAAGGAGCUGUACGAGCUGACCGCCCAGCACCUGCGCGAGCUGCCCGACAGCGAAUCAGAGGACAGCGAGGAGGACGACGAGUGCCAAUCAGAUGACGAGAUGUAUGAUGAUAUUCAGCUGAUGGGAUAGAAAAUUCAACUCAGUCAUAUGUACGUGGCCUUAAUAACACAGUAUAUUCGAGUGAGCUAGAAAGACUACAAAUGGGCGAGAGAGAGAGAGAGAAGGAUGGGGCUGGUCUACAGCGAAGGCCGAGGAGCAGCAUGGGACUGGACUAGUGACAGCGCUAGGUUAAUGAGGUGGUUUGGAGUCUGGAUGCCCAGAAGAAGAAGAAGAAGAAGAAGAGAGAUAAGCAGGCCCCAGGAACUGAAGGCUACCUGAAAGUGUUGGGACAGAGAAGCCAGUGAAGUUCACCGCGACAGUGAGGGACGUGACGUGGCUUGGUUUUUUUUUCUCACGUCACACAGCAAUGAGGACAGUUUUCAUCCACAAACUUCCGAGUACGUUGUAUAAUGUUGUAAAUUGUGUAAAGAAACAGAUUUAUUUUUUAUAAAUAUGGAUGUAUAUGAAUGUAUAUGUAUGUAUAAAAAAAAUGUAAGAUGUUCCAAAAUUGCAUCUGUGAAGAGUACCUACCACACUCCCGUAAAU